AUUUCAAAAGGAAAUACGAAACUACUAUUAGGAGAUGCUACAGCGAACGUCAGUGACGUCACAGCCGAACGAGUCGCUGGCUUUUCGUUUGUUUACUCCAAGUGAGCUAACCUGUUCUUUCUACGGACCUUGCGUCAAUAAGCCUUUAAUGCAACAUUCUUUGUAACCAAUAAUAAAGCUGAAUGAAUCCAUCAAUGUUUUGAGAGAACUGGACAGACAAAGUAGAGAAAUGCGGAAUUAACAUCUGCCUUGGAAGCCGCUGUAGUUAAGAGCCGAAUUUGUAUAAAAGAUCAUGGAUCAAAGUUACCCUUGUGAAAGGAAAGGUGAUUCCCGAACUGAAUAUCAUUAUCUUAUGGCUGAAAUGAAGGCCCAAAAUUAUGAUGUUAUUAAGUUUGCUACAUAUCGAACGGCAUCGAAACUGCGUUUUAUCCAAAAGAAGACAAAUAUGCAUUUACUCGACAUAUGGAAUAUCAUUGAGGCAUUUCGAGAAAAUGGGUUGAAUUCUCUGGAUUCUCGCUUAGAAUUAACCAUUCAUAGGCUCGAGACACUGGUUCAUUCAAUUUAUUAUCAACUGAAUAAAAGACUUCCGUUAUCUCAACAAAUUAAUGUUGAAAACAGCAGUGCCCUCCUUGUGAAUUGGCUGCUUGCAACAUAUGAUCCAGAGAGUACAGGAAAGGUUAGAGUUUUUCCUGUGAAAAUUGCACUUGCUAUCAUCUGCGCAGGAAAAAUUACGGACAAACUCAGGUAUAUCUUUUCACUGAUCUCGGAUGUCAGCGGUAAUCUUGUAUUCAGCAAAUUUGUAGAUUUUUUGAAAGAAGCUAUGGGAUUACCAUGCUCAGUAUAUGAAUCUCCAUCAUUCUUUUUUACUGAUAGUUUACCUCGCACUAUUUUUGAUGGGCAAUCUACUAUCAAUGUGAAUGAUUUCUUAGAUGUGCUUCUAUCUGAUCCUGGCCCUCAAUGUCUUAUGUGGUUUCCGUUGAUUCACCGUAUGGCCAGUGUUGAAAAUGUUCUCCAUAUGGUGCAAUGUGAAGGCUGUAACAAAGAGUCAUUUGUAGGUUUUCGCUAUAAAUGUCAAAGGUGUUACAAUUAUCAAUUAUGCCAAGACUGUUUUUGGCGCUGCCGUGUAUCUGGUAAUCAUACAAACCAGCAUGAAAUGAAAGAAUAUACUAGUUAUAAAACACCAAGUAAGCAGUUAGGCCAUUCACUGAAGAAGUCUAUUCUUUGUGUUCCAGACAAGCCUUCUAAUACUGAUUCCCAUUUUCAUGAGGAUAUAAUCCGGAAUUAUGGUAGUGAACCUCAAGGAAUGCAGCCUUCAUCAAAUGCUCAUCAUGAUUCUACUAGUAUUUUAGAUGCCAAUCAAAGUUCACUUAAAAUGUCUCAAAGCAGUUUUUAUCCCCAAGAUGAUGACAGCAGAUUGAUGACUCAUUACAGUAGAAAUAUAAAUGCAAGCAGAAGGGGUAGAUAUUCUUCUGAAUUGAAUCUACCGUCUGAUACUGCACGACAAAGAGAAUUAAUUGCUAAAUUAGAGGCGAAAAACAGAGAGAUAAUGCGUGAAAUUGUACAUUUACGCAAGCAACAAGAGCAAGAAGAAGAAGCAUUGAAUUCUGAAAGAAAUCCGACUCUUCUUGCUGAACUGAGAGCACUUCGUAUGAGGAAAGCAGAUCUGGAACGUCAUCUGUCUGGUUUGCAGGAAAGUCGUCGAGACCUCAUGUUACAAUUGGAUGUGUUAAUGAGAAUGCUAAAAGAUCAUUCGCCUAUGUCUUCUCCAAACAGUUCACCAUUUUCGUCCAUGCGGAGAUCUGCUCCAUUCUAUCCUUUGUCUUCAAUGAGUGCACCAGCAACACCUGGGGGUGGUAGUUAUCCAUAUAUUGAUCAUCUUUAUGGCUUAGGGGGAGAUGUACGUCUUGCAUUUGGUCAGGCUGCCAGUUCAAGAAGUCUUCAAAAUGAUCUAUUGCUUGCAGCUGAUUCUGUUACAAAUGCCAUGUCAUCGCUUGUUAAAGAACUAAAUUUAGGGUGUGAAGAUGGUGAAAAUGAUUAUCUUCGGAGAUGCUCAAGUUAUAUUGGAAAUCCUCAAAUUGACACUGAAUUUGGAUAUGAUAAUGAAUCGUGGUCCAAUGAGCCUGAUUAUCCAAAUGACUAUUAUGUCCUGGAUCCACGUGAUCCAGCAUUGCAAGAAAAUGAGAUAUAUAAUACAAUGGUAAAUAUUAAAUACUUUUUUAUGUUGUUUACUAGUACAAAAGUAUUAGGUUUUAAGAAGGUUGUGAAUUUUAAAUUUUGA